AUGCGUGCCCUUUACGCUUCCCUAAAGAUGUCGUCUGCUUUUAUUUGUGUAGAACAUUCGUUAAGUUCACCUUUCAUCUUCUGUAAAUUCUCCAUUUUUCUAUUUUUCUUUCCUUUUUUCUCUUCCCUUCUAUCUCUGCAUUUUCUUCAUAUUUUAUUUGUUUUCUUCUUCUUCUUCUUCUUCUUCUUCUUCUUCCAUUCCUCCUCCUCCCUCUUUUUUCUUCUUUUAUUCUUCUUCUUCUUCUACUACUACUUCUACUUCUUCUUCCACUCAUCCUUUCUUCUUCCACUCUUCCUCUUCCUCCCUCUUCUUCUUCUUCUUCUUCUACUCAUCCUUUUUCUUCUUCUUCUUCUUCCACUCCUCCUCCUCCUCCUACCCCUCCUUCUUCUUUUUCUACUUCUUCUUCUUCUACUCAUAAUUUUUCUUCUUCUUCCAUUCCUCCUCCUCCCACUUCUUCUUCUACUACUACUUCUUUUUUACUCAUCCUUUUUCUUUUUCUUCCACUCCUCCUGCUCCUCCCUCUUCUUUUUCUUCUUCUUCUCAUCCUUCUUCUUCUUCUUCUUCCAUUCCUCCUCCUCCCUCUUUUUUCUUCUUUUAUUCUUCUUCUUCUUCUACUACUACUUCUACUUCUUCUUCCACAUCCUUUCUUCUUCCACUCUUCCUCUUCCUCCCUCUUCUUCUUCUUCUUCUUCUUCUUUUUCUUCCACCCCUUCUUUUUCUUCUUCUACUUCUUCUUUAGUACCAUAUUCUUCUAAUUCUUUUCUUUUCGUUCUCUAUUUCCUGGUUUCUCUGCAUUUUCACUAUCAUUCCUGCAAAUCAUUAUUUCACUUUUCUUUCUUUUCUAUCUUUCUUUCUUUCUUUCUUUCUUUCUUUCUCUGA